AUGGCCUGUGCUGCUCCCAGUGAUUUCUCUGAACUUUGUGGGACGCAUCAAGCGCCCCUUUCUGUGUUCUGCUUGGAUGAUCUGCUGCCUUUGUGUCCACAGUGUGCAGACGAGGACCAUUCACAGCACAGGGUCUACCUCCUCUCUGAAGCUGCAGCUGACUGUAAGGGGGAGCUGAGUAUUUCACUAAACAAUCUGAAGCAAAGGAUGACUGUCAUUGACAAAGAGACUCAGAAUUAUCAGCAAGUUUCCAAACACAACCAGGGUGUUGCAGAACUUGCAGAGGAGCAAAUAAAGAGAGAGUUUAAACAGCUCCACGAAAUAUUACAGGAGGAGGAAGCAAACAGAUUGCUUUUAUUGAAACAGGACAAAGAUAAAAAGUUACAUGAAUUACAAGAGCAAACCAAACUUAUGGAUGAACUAGUCGUGUCCCUAGAGGAGAGAAUUCGGCUGACAGAAGCUGAACUAAAUGCAGGUGGUGAUGGGUCCCAAUUUUUAAAGGACUAUCAAGUACCCAAAAAAAGACAUUGCACUGAUAUGAAAAAGCCAAAAACUUUUCUCAUGAAUGUGGCAGAACAUCUGGGCAAUCUUAAAUUCUCAGUUUGGAAAAAGAUGAAACACAGUGCUGUCUACAGUCCAGUGACUCUAGAUGCCAGGACAGCAGGACAGGGCCUGACUGUGUCUUUUACUCUGAAUACUGCCCACUGUUCUCCUGCUGCUAUGGGCCCAGAGGCUCUGUGUGUUGUGGACCAUCCCGGGAGAUUUCAGCCUUACUCCUCUGUUCUGGCUCGAGAAGGCUUCAGCUCUGGAGUGCACAGCUGGGAUGUUGAGGUUGGUGAGUGUGAUAACUGGACAGUGGGCGUGGCGUCCCAGUCCAUCCAGAGACAAGUCCCAUUUGAGGCAUGUCCUGAAUGUGGUCUUUGGUGCAUCAGUUUACGGGACGGCCAGUAUCUAGCCCUCACUACGCCUGCCCAGACCCUGCCUUACAGCGCCUCCAAUCCACUGAAGAGGAUCCAUGUGAGACUCAACUUUGACAGUGGUAUUCUGGAGUUUCAAAAUGCAGAAAUGGAUACAAACAUUUUUAUAUUCAAUCAUAACUUCACUGAGACCGUUUACCCAUAUUUUGAAACUAUAUCUCACACUGGAAGUCUCUCUAUUGUGCCAAAUGAAGCCACUGUCAGUGUCACUUUGGAAGGGGAUAUUGUAGAAGAUUUUAUCACAGAAACCCAUGAAAUAGGUGAUUCUAAGACAGAUUCUGACAACCAAGAAAAGAAGAAGAAAACAAAGAAACGUAUUGUCAAAAAUGGCCUUAUUAAAACUAAACCAAUGUUCAAACAAACUCCAGAAAAGAUACUGUUCUCUGAUGAGUACCACGUGUCUCUGUUCAGAUUACAACAGAAGAAAAACACUGACGCCUGCAAUCAGAUUAAACAUGGAUAA